AUGGUUACUACUACUACUACUGCUACGACGACGACGACGACGACAACUACAUUAACGAAUUCAUGGAAUACUACUGUUACAACAACAACAACAACUACUACUACUACUAAUACACCAACGACUAAUAAUACUAAUAGUAAUAAUAAUGGAGAUCAGUCAAUACAAACGAAUCAAAUCAUUGAUAAUACAAUAGAUACUACUUAUUUACAAUCGAUAAAUUAUGAACCACAAUUUAUUUUAUUAGGUAAUAAUCGUAUUAUAUCAAGACAAAAUCCAUUACCAGAAAUAGCUGAUUUAGCUAAUAUGAUUAUUAAUGAAAUCUAUCAACCAAUACAAAAUUUAUGCUUAGAUGAAAUUGAAAUUGUUUGUUUUAGAGCAAUAAUGUUUUUUGAUCCAAGUUGUGAAUCAUUGUCGGAAAAUGGACGUUUAUUAAUACGUAGUUGUCAAUAUCUAAUACAAAUGGAAUUAAUGAAUAUAAUGAAUGGUAAAUUAUAUUUACCACAAGGUCGUUUCGGUGCAUUAUUAUUAUUAAUACCAGAAUUUCGAUCAGUUACCUAUCAAAUGAUUCAUAAAUUACAAAUUAUACAUCAAAUGGGUUUUACUAAAUUAGAUGGUUUAUUAUCAGAGAUUUUAUUGAAUAAUACAAUAAAUGAAUCAAAUGGUACUAUUGAAUCCAAUCAUUUAAAAUCAUCUAUGAAACAUUCAUUCAAUAAAUAUAUAGUUCAUGAAGAGAAUAAUAAAUUACCAACAAUCUAUUCAAUGCCUAAAUUAUAUUCAACACAUAAUGAUGAUAUUUAUAAUUCACAAAUUACUGAAACAACUACAUCUUCACCUCCUCCUCCUCCUCCUCCUCCUCUUCCGCUUCUUCCACCUCUUCCGUUUCUUCAUUUGGAUCUUCAUUAUCAUUAUCAACUCAACUCAUCUAUAAUAACAACACAAUUAGAUAAAAUAUUGCCUACAACCAUAGAUACAACUAUAUCUAUGAUAAAACAAACAAAUAUUGAAGCGAAUUCAUUCAAUUAUCCUAUAAUACAAUCUGAAUUAGAAUCUAUUCCAUCAAUUCAUGUAUCUAAUGUAUUAGAUUAUUAUUAUUAUGAUAAUAACAAUAUUAAUCAUAAUCAUAAUGAUAAUUGUAUUACACAGAAACAAUCGAAUAUUGAUAAAUUAACACAAUAUUAUCAGACGGUUCAACCAAUUAUGAAUACAGUAAAAAAAUUUAGUACCAAUUUUGAUAUCAGUAGCCAUAGCAACAAUAAUAAUCAUAAUGUUAUUAAUAAUGAUGUAAAUCAAUCACUUAUCACAAUGCAUUUAGGUGAAGAAACUUUUGAAAAUAUUUCAAAUUCAGAUAAUUCAAUCAAUUCAAAUAUAAUUCAUUGUUUACCAAAUUUAGAACCUGGUAUGUAUUAUUCAGAUGAUCAAUUCUAUACAACUUAUUCACAUCAUUUAAAUAUGAUCAAAGCAAAAUAUAAUCAGAAUACUACUAUCAAUACUACUACUAUUACUACCACUACUCAUGAUAAUAAUAAUAGUUCACCAAUUUACACUAGUUAUGAUGGAAAACAUUUGACACCAAUCGAUCAUUCUAAUCCAUCCUAUUCCACAAAUCACUUCUGAUAUGUUCAAUAGUGAAUAAUCUUGAAUCAGGUUAUACAUAUCUAUAUAUAUUUCAUUUCUGUAAUACAGUUUACAUGUACAGUUUACAUGAUAUUCAUUGUAAUCCUAUAACAAUGACAUGUAUACAAGAUUGUGUUUUCUUAUCUCAGUUAUAUUUUUCUCUAUUUUUCUUUUCUUUUUUUCUUUAUUAUCAAUAUUAUUACUUCUUUUUAUAUAUUUAACAUAAAAUUAUUCCGAUACAUAUUAUUAAUUACUUUUAUUAUAAAAUA